GUUUUUUACGGACCUGGCAACUUCCGUAUCCGUCUCUCCGCUCGACGUAAUUUCAAAGAAACAUGGCGGACGAAGUUGAGCAGCAACCAACUACCAACACAGUCGAGGAGCCGCUUGACCUGAUCAGGCUCAGUUUGGACGAGCGGAUCUAUGUCAAGAUGAGGAACGACCGGGAGCUGCGGGGCCGUCUGCAUGCAUAUGAUCAGCACCUGAACAUGAUCCUGGGGGACGUGGAGGAGACGGUGACGACCGUGGAGAUCGAUGAGGAAACGUAUGAGGAACUCUACAAGUCUACAAAGCGGAACAUCCCCAUGCUGUUUGUCAGAGGCGACGGCGUGGUUCUGGUAGCUCCGCCCCUCAGGGUGGGCUGAUACCGGACGCUUGGUGUCUCCAUGUCUGCUGUAAAGUGUUGCCCACUUUCUUUGUUCUUCCUUUAUUAUACUUCUAAUUUCACAUGUAAAACUUCUCCCACUCUGUCAAGUUGCCUGCAAACACAUUUUUGAGUGAAGAAAUGGAGAAAGUUAAGAACGACAGCAUUUAUUUUUGUUUUUUGUUGUGUAGCUGUUGUUGAACUCGUCGGUGGAUACUUCAUUUGACUUUGCUCAGGAUAUAAAUAUUUUCAGAUUUGAUGAAAUUGUUAGUUUUACAUUCUGUACUUGUCACAAAGUGUCUCAUUGUGAUUUCAGGUUGUAUUUUUGAAGUAUUAGCAGGCAUAAAUUGAGCUUUUUUUUUGUGAUUCAUUAAAAUCCCAGUUAUGUAAAUACA